UCCCUAGAUCGUCGGGUCCCGCCCCCCUCCUGUCCCCUCCCCAGGUUCAGGGCGGGGCCGGUCCGUGAGUCAGCGGCUCCCUGAUCCAGCCCCGGAGGGGACAGAGCUGGACGAGCUGGGUGUGGGGUACGCUGGGCUGGUAGAGAGGCCGUGUCCGGAGUGAGCGGGUCUGAUCGUGCUUGUAUUUUGUUGAAGGGACAGCCCUAGGUUUAGGGGAGAGAAUCCCUGCCUGUGAGACCCGCCCUCCCUGGCCCCGGCCCCUCCCAGCUCCCCCAGCGACAGCCGCUUCCUGGACCGGUCGCAACCAUGGCUGAACAACCUCAGGUCGAAUUGUUCGUGAAGGCUGGCAGUGAUGGGGCCAAGAUUGGGAAUUGCCCCUUCUCCCAGAGACUGUUCAUGGUGCUCUGGCUCAAGGGAGUCACCUUCAACGUCACCACCGUUGACACCAAGAGGCGGACUGAGACGGUACAGAAGCUGUGCCCAGGAGGGCAGCUCCCAUUCCUGCUGUACGGUACCGAAGUGCACACAGACACCAACAAGAUUGAGGAAUUUCUGGAAGCAGUGCUGUCCCCUCCCAGGUACCCCAAGCUGGCAGCUCUGAACCCUGAAUCCAACACAGCUGGGCUGGAUGUAUUUGCCAAAUUUUCUGCCUACAUCAAGAAUUCAAACCCAGCACUCAAUGAUAAUCUGGAGAAGGGGCUCCUGAAAGCCCUGAAAGUGUUAGACAAUUACUUGACAUCCCCCCUCCCGGAAGAAGUGGAUGAGACCAGUGCUGAGGAUGAGGGCAUCUCUCAGAGGAAGUUUCUGGAUGGCAAUGAGCUCACUCUGGCUGACUGCAACCUGUUGCCAAAGCUCCACAUAGUACAGGUGGUAUGUAAGAAGUACCGGGGAUUCUCCAUCCCCGAGGCCUUCCGGGGAGUGCAUCGGUACUUGCGCAAUGCCUAUGCUCGUGAAGAGUUCGCUUCUACCUGUCCAGAUGAUGAGGAGAUCGAGCUGGCCUACGAGCAAGUGGCCAAGGCCCUCAAAUAAGCCCCUCCUGGGAGCUCCCUACCUCCUCCAAUUUCUCCACAUGGCUACCCAAUGGACACACUCCAAAAUGGCCAGUGGACAGAGAAUACUGGAGCACUUGUGCAGGGCUGGCUGGGGGAGGAGGGAUCUGGGUGAGA